AUGGUUCUUACUGUCGUUACAAGUCCUGCAACAGAUAAGGGCAAUCCGUGCGAUAGUAAUCCAUGUGUGGAAAAUGCUUCCUGCAGAAGAACCAAGGGCAAAAACGAAAAUUACACGUAUGAGUGCGAGUGCGAAAAUGGAUGGGUUGUCCCAGGACUGCAAUGUGCAUCACGAGAGUCAACUUUAAUGACAGAGACAACAGUACCACUAGAGCUUACAACAGCAACAACGGUUGCCAUAACAACACCGCCAGACGCUACAAGUGCAGAAACAACAACUAGCAAUGUAAUAACAAAAGCUACUACUGCUACCUCUGAUAUAACAACAGCGGUGACUGAUGUUGAUACUAGUGCCACCGAUACAACGACAACAGUAACUGAUGCUACUACUAGCGAUGCAACGACAGCAGUUGCAGUGACUACUACAGAAAUCGGCACAUCGUCAACAAAUUCAACACCAGUAUUUGGCACCACCAGUGGGGCAGUAACAGCACCGGGCACGGGCGUAACAGUUGUGAUCUUUCCCCCUCUAAAACAAGUUAAGAAAAGCGAACUUGAAGCGGAGGACGGGUUUUCCGAAUCCGAUCAAAGAGCAUCGGCUAUAACGUUUGGCAUCACAUCUGUUUGCAUCAUGUGCCUCGUUAUAGGAGUAAUCAUAUUGUUCGACAUCAUUACGGCAUGGCAUCAUAUGAAACGCCUCAACUGCAUCGGUAACAUUCGCAACUUCAGAAACAUCACACUCAAAGAAAUGUGUAUCGAAUGCUGGUGUUCCAAAAGUAAAAUUUUCCGAAAAAAACGGAAGAGAUUCCGUAUGACGUAUGUGGUCUACAAGUAUAGGCAAUAUCAAAAGAAGAACGGUGGACCAAAUGUGACAAUCGGGAGCUUGUUUUUGAUGAUGUUUGGUAUCGUGAUCGCUAAGAUAAAGACAUUUUGCUGCAGGACACGGAAUUUAGACACUGGUUCAAAAGUUACUUUGAUAAAGCCCAACACUGAUUCAUUUGAUCAUAUCGCCAAUGACCAGACGGGAGAGAAAAAGAAUAGCGAUCAAGAAAUCCCGCAACCUGAGUACGAAAGUGUUGAACAUAUGAAUGAGUUACAUUCUGAUGCGAAAGGCUCUGAAGAUACACUCGAAGGGGAGCAGUACCAUCAAUCAGAUGUAGAGGAAAUCGAAAGUGUUAUAGUCAUGGGGUUUAAUGGCGCUGAUACCGAUAAACAACGAUCGGUUCAAAAUGAAAUAGGUGCUGAGUAUGUCAAAGGCCUAGAUGCUCUUAAAGAAUCUUAUGAAAAUGUAUCCAGCGUGUGCACUGAAUUGAAUGAUCAAGAUUCAGACAAUUAUGAUCUUGAUGAACCUCCAACUACUGUUGAAAAUAUGACAAAAGAUGAACUUAUAUGCGAUGAUGGGAUUGACAUAAGAGAACAUGAAGACAGUGACUUUGAAUCGAUAGAUUACUUUAAUUUACCCCGAAGUAAGUCAUAUGAAUCGAAAACUAUUGUUGAUGAUGAAUUCAAAGUCACUGACAAAACGGAAACCGAUUCAAGUGUUACUUCUAAAUUUUCAUAUGAUGGAUCCGAUGAAGAUGAAGAAUUGAGCAUCUUGGAUGACACAGUACACAGUAUCAGCCAUACGGACACAAGUGAAAACCUAAUAAAGGUUCUCGAGAACGACAAUUUCAACACUGAUACGUCCUCUAAUGAUACAAAGUGUCCUGAAAGUAAGAAUACAGCUGAAUGUAAUACAAAUGAACAGCAUCCAACAAACCCUAGAAAACGUUUAUCCCCUGACAGUGGCGUGCCACCUGAUAGUCGCAUGUCAACAGACAGUGGGGUGACUCCCGAGUGUAUUGUCUCACAUGACUGUGACGCACCUCUUAGAAAAGCUGAGGCACGAUCGUUUUUUUCUUGGUCUUUUUCAAAAGCGGACUGUUCUCCGAAACCAACAAAACAGUUUUUAUUCCCAGAUUCAUCUCAAGAUUGGAGAAUGCUGGGUUCAAGUUUACCAAGCAGGCAUUUGUCGCCAUCCAAAAACAUGAACCACAAUGGUGUUUUGGAGAAUCCCUCUAAUGAUAUUUCAAAUGACGCCAUUACUAAACCAGGCGCCCCUAAAGUUGUUUGCUGGCAUGAGGGGUAUAAUGCAAAGGUUAAACCACAUAAGGACUGGAUGAAGGUAAUAAGAAACGACUUGAAAGCUAAAUCUCGUGAUCGUUCGUUUGUAAUGUCAUCGUCGUUACAAGAAAAGCGCCAAUCUCUGCCAUCUAUUUCCAUCGGGGACAACAUUUAUAAUGAUAACUGA